AAAGCUUCAGGAGCAUUCUCAGGGGCAGAGGCUUAUAAAUCAUUACAUCUUCACUGACUCAGAUAUAGCUGUGGUUGAUGACUUGGGUCAUAUAUUUCAAAACCACCAAAACUUUCAUCUGGCACUAACUUUCAGGAAUCACAAGGAUCAACCUCUGAAUUCUGGAUUUAUAGCUGUCAGAGGCACCCCUGAUGGGAUUUUAAGGGCAAAGGUAUUUCUUCAGGAAAUAUUAAGCAUAUACAGUUCCAAAUACAUGAAUGCUUCCAGAAUGCUUGGUGAUCAGUUAGCUCUUGCUUGGGUUGUGAAGUCUCACCCUUCUUUUGAUACAAGGAGAUUCACCAAAGCACAGGCCUUUGUUGAGGAAAUCGGCGGUGCUUCAGUUCUAUUUUUACCUUGUGCUACAUUCAAUUGGACUCCACCUGAGGGUGCAGGCCAAUUUCACGGCAUGCCCUUGGAUGUUAAGGUUGUUCAUUUUAAGGGUUCAAGGAAACGCCUAAUGCUCGAGUCUUGGAACUUCUUAAGCUCAUCUUCUGACAUUUCAGAUAUGUUGUGUCUCAUCCUGGCAAGUGGAAGAACAAAAUAUGACUUUUGAAUAGAUAUCAUAUGAAUUUAUGUUACAUUACACAUUCUCUCGAGGGAAACAGAUAAUUUCAUUCAAUGGAACUGGGGGGGGAUUUCUUGUGGCAUCAUUCAAAAUGUAUUUCAGUAGCAAUUUAGAAUAGUUUACCUAUCGGGGCUAUCUCUUCCUUUUCCCCCUUGACACCAUUUCCCACCCACAACCACAACAUAAAUUUGUUAGUACUAACAACAAAUGUAACUGGAAACGCAAAUAUUGAUGUUUUUUUUCAUUCAUUUACUCAGAUUGAAGAUUGUUUUAA